UUCGCGAGGGCGAGCAGUGAGGCCGGGCCGGGUGCGCGCGCGGGGCGGGCCGCGGCCACGCUGCGGGGAUGUGACUCGGGCCGAGCGCCAGCGGGAGCGUCGGCGCUGCGGGCCGUGGGGCUCGAGAGGAAGAUGGGAGCCCUCGGAGCGCUGGCCCUGCUCCUGCUCUGCGCGGCCGCCGCGGGGGCCUCCGAGAACUCCAGCACGUCCCGGGGCUGCGGCCUGGACCUCCUCCCGCAGUACGUGUCCCUGUGCGACCUGGACUCCGUCUGGGGCAUCGUGGUGGAGGCGGCGGCCGGCGCCGGCGCCCUGAUCACGCUGCUCCUGAUGCUCAUCCUGCUGGCGCGGCUGCCCUUCAUCACGGAGCAGGAGAAGCGGGACCCCGUGGGCCUGCACUUCCUCUUCCUGCUGGGCACGCUGGGCCUGUUCGGGCUGACCUUCGCCUUCAUCAUCCGCGAGGACGAGGCGGUGUGCGCGGCGCGCCGCUUCCUGUGGGGCGUGCUGUUCGCGCUCUGCUUCGCCUGCCUCGCCAGCCAGGCCUGGCGCGUGCGGGCGCUGGUGCGGCGCGGCCGGGGCCCGCCGGGCCCGCACCUGCUGGGCGCCGCGCUCUGCCUGACGCUCGUGCAGGUGGUCAUCGCGGCCGAGUGGCUGGUGCUGACGGUGCUGCGCGACGCGCGGCCGGCCUGCGCCUACGAGCCCGCGGACUUCGCGCUGGCGCUCGGCUACGACCUGGCGCUGCUGGCGGCCGCGCUGGUGCUGGCGCUGCUCGCGCUGUGCGGCAAGUUCCGCCGCUGGAGGCGGCGCGGCGCCGGCCUGCUGCUCACGGCCGCGCUCUCCGCGCUCGUCUGGGCCGCCUGGCUGACCAUGUACCUCUACGGCAACGCGCGGCUGCGGCCCGGCGAGGCCUGGGGCGACCCCACCCAGGCCAUCGCGCUGGUGGCCAGCGGCUGGGUCUUCGUGCUCUGCCACGCCAUCCCCGAGGUGCACUGCGCCCUGCUGCCCGCGCCGCGCCAGGACGCGCCCAACUACUUCGACGCGCCGCAGCCCCGGGUGCGCGAGACGGCCUUCGAGGAGGACGCGCCGCUGCCGAGGACCUACCUGGAGAACAAGGCCUUCUCCAUGGACGAGCACGGCGCAGCUCUCCGGACAGCAGGGUUCCGCAAUGGCAGUUUGGGAAGCAGACCCAGCGCUCCGUUUAGAAGCAAUGUGUACCAGCCGACCGAGAUGGCCGUGGUGCUGAACGGCGGGACUAUCCCAACCGCGCCACCGAGUUACACGGGAAGACACCUCUGGUGAGAGCCGCAGGCCGACCUCGGAGGGCGCGUCCCGCUGCUGCUCUGGGAGGAGUCAGCCGCCAGGCCGCAGCCGGAGCCCUGGAAACCCUAGGCCAGGGCCAGUGUGAUGUGAACCUGCUGACCGGGAAGCUAACCCUCCCCCACAGCCCAGCCCCUCGACCCCGCACACUGCAGCGAAGCUAAUUGCCAGUAGUGUUAGCUCCCUCACAAACGGCAGGAAGCCCGUCGCAUCCUCAGGGUGGGCCAGCCCUGCGCUCAUGGCUGGGGGCCAGGCAGCUGUGGGUGAACGUGGAGGGGCCCCCACGACCCGCGGCCUCCUGGAGGUGCCGGCCGUGGAGGGGCCCACGGGGCUCUCCACCUUCUGCACUUUCGGGGUCAGGAGCAGUUCAGGAGGCUGUGGGUGUGAGUCAAAGGAGAGGCCGAUGGAACCGGGAGGCAAGCUGUCGCCGCGGCCUGGAGGUGCUGUCAGGUGCCAAAGGGGUGCGGUCUGGGAGCGGGGUGACCACUGCGCCGCCCUGGGGCCUCUGAGCCCGUGUCCGAGGCAGGAAAGCGAGGCGCUACCUCCCCGGCCUCGUGCCCGCUACCAUUCAUUUCAAAGGCUGACGUGGGGCCACCAGCUUGAAGCCCGGGGUCAGCAGGCGGGCGGGCAGCGCCUCAGCACAUUUUCCCGGAUGGGCACCGGGUGCCUCCGGGUGGAGGGUGGCACUGCUGCCUGGCAUGGGGCGAGCUGGGUGCAGCAUCGAGCUUUCUGCUGCGUGUGCGGGGAGUGGUACAUCGCUAACUGGGUGCCUGCAAGGUCCAUGAAAGUGGUUCGAGUCCCCCAAGCCCGUUGUCCUGUCGUGGCUCCCACCCGCCCCCGCCCCCCGGCCCCCUGCGUUCCAACGGCUCAGCCCCAGCCCGCGCGCUGCACUGUUUGGCCAGCACCGCCCUAACCGUGCUCGGCGAGUCUCAGCUGAUGGCAUGGGCGCACAGGAGGCUGGGCCCGAACAGCCCAGACACCUUGAACCUUUUAGAAAAAUGGAGAAGGUUAGGAUUUGGAGAGAGGAACGGGCCUCUUCAUAACCAAUGUGUCUGAGCUGAGUGUGUUUUAAUAAAACUGACUUUUCUCAAGGCCUAGUCUCUGCUGUCCCCCUUCCCUCCCCCGCCCCCGCCUAGCCCAGAUCUGUGUGGCCCUCCUCCCGGUUCCCUCUGGCCAGCACCUACGCCCAGCCCAGGGUCCGGCCGCUCCCAGGACCCCACCCCAGCCUGAGGCAGGAGCAGCAGGGACAGGUGGGAGCUCAGGGGCGGGGGUGAGGGGGUGGCAGUGGCAGUUGCACUGAAUUCUCAAAAUAUAAAAAUCUUCCGACACCUGUGUCCAGGCCACUGGGAGCCGCCUGCGUUACACAUCCUUGUGCCAGGAAAUGGUGGCUCAGCCCCGGUCCCUGGAGUCCUUCGGAGCCCCGACCCCACCCGGGACUCGGGACUUGGCUGCAGAGCCCUGCAGGGGAGUUCGCACCCCCCUUCCCUGGGCGCAGGUGCCCAGCAUGCCAGGUGAGCUCGGGGCAGCGACUGCCAGCAUGUAACCUUUGACCCCACUCGUGGAUCAGCUUUGUGUCGAGGACUGAGAUCUUUUCCCUUCUUUCCGUGAAGCCCCUGACAGUGACUGCUCUGCGUUUUGCUUUAUUCGGGCGCUAAGAUGGGCGCAGGCUGAGCGUGGUCCUGGGC